AUGAACCCCCAGCCUGGGGCUGCUGCACAGUUCCCACCCCAGAAUGUGCAAUCCCAUCCCAAUCCCAAUCCCAUGUAUGGAAAUGGGGCUAACCAACCUGGGGCCUACCCACCACAAGCACCCCAACAAUCUCCAACACAGUUUCCUACUGCAAGUCCAAGUACACCUCAUCAGGUUCGUUACCAGCAGCAGCAGCCGCAACAAGCACAAGCAGGGUACAUUAAUGUUAGUGCAGGCAAUGCCAAUGCCAUGCCUGAUAAUAAUUAUGCUGCUCAAGGGGUUCCAGUGCAGCAGCCUCAUUACCAGCCGGGACCUCUUAAUCAUAUCAACCUGCAGAAUGUUGGCACUGAGGGCUGGAGUUCUGAAUUAUUUGAUUGCAUGGAUGAUCCAAUGAAUGACCCCAAAGAGAGAUCAAAAUGCCGAUGGUAA